AUGAAUUUUCAAGGAGAAAAGUCUACUGUGUCAGGCAAAAGUUUGCGCGAAGAGACAACGAAUCCCGCAGUAUCACCCAAAAUAGCGGCACUGAUCACACUCACGAAAGAAAGUAAUUCAUGGACCCCGAUGGAUGAGUCACAUGUUCAGUCACCAGAACAUACGGGUAGUCCAGGAGUCGAUCUCGACGUUGCAUUGCGCGCACACGACCACGACCAACUCGAUUUUUCAGCGGUCCGUGGUUUUGUAAUUGACCCUAUAGCUGGCAGCCCAUGGCCUUAUCUUUCCUCAGGGUCGCGACCAGUCUCCCUACAAGGGCGCGGGCAGCUUCCCAUAAAGGCAGUCGCCUUGGAGCUGGUCAAGGAGACCUUCAACAACUAUAACAGGUUUCUUCCGCUUUUCAACGAAGAGGACUUCUUGAGAGAGUUCCACCUCAAGUACUCGACCUCUAACCCCGAAGAUGCCAGUUGGUGGGCGUGUCUCAAUGUAGUGUUGUCGAUAGCUCAUCGCCUCCGUGGCCUGCGCACACUAGACCCAACGCAUGAGAACAAUCUAGCUGAUGUUUACACGAAAAAUGCCCUAGGCGUCGUCUCCGAAUUGAACGUCGCUAGUAUCUCUGCUGUCCAAGCUCUAGUGGGUAUGGCUUGUAUUCUCCAGGGGACCCCGAAUCCGGAGCUGGCGUCGAUGCUCGUGGCCGCCGCCCUUCGACUGGCACAGGCUAUGAAUCUGCACAGAGAGGCUUCCGACCCAACCCUCACGGAAAAACAAGCCGAAAUACGGAGACGAGUGUUUUGGAAAGUAUACGUUCUUGACAAAGACAUCAGUCUACGGACCUGUCGACCCUUCAGCCAAGAUGAUGAUGACAUGGAUGUCCGACUGCCCUCAAAUAUCAAGCUUGAGACAUGUAACGUGGAGCUCUUCAACCACCGCAUAGGACUUGCGAUUAUUCAGGCGAUCCGUCUCAUUGAAGCCAUCCCUCACGGAGACUGCUCCUGCAUCUGGAUGCUUCUACACUCUUUCUUCGCUGCAGCCAGCAGUAUGCUCUACAAUCUGGCGCACAACCCGACAUCGCCGAGCGCACUCUCAGACCUCCAUCUCCUUGAGCCUUUUCUAGAUCUGCUAGAUACACUCGCCAAGAAUCCAGGAACAUACGCACAAUCCGAAGAACUCAGACGAAUGCAUAAUGCUUGCACCAGCUUGCACGACGAGGCAAACAAGGCUGUUCGUCUUUUCCGUCCGGAGUAUACAGCAUCCUUUGCAUAA